GAGAAGAUCUGGCACCACACCUUCUACAAUGAGCUGCGCGUGGCCCCCGAGGAGCACCCGGUGCUUUUGACGGAGGCCCCUUUGAACCCCAAGGCCAACCGCGAGCGCAUGACGCAGAUCAUGUUCGAGACCUUCAACGUUCCGGCCAUGUACGUGGCUAUCCAGGCGGUGCUGUCUCUCUAUGCCUCCGGCCGCACGACGGGCAUCGUCAUGGACAGCGGUGAUGGUGUGUCGCACACAGUGCCGAUCUACGAGGGCUACGCGCUGCCCCAUGCUAUCCUCCGACUGGACCUGGCCGGCCGUGACCUCACGGAGUACAUGAUGAAGAUCCUGACCGAGCGCGGCUACUCCUUCACCACCACGGCCGAGCGCGAGAUUGUCCGUGAUGUCAAGGAGAAGCUGUGCUAUAUCGCGCUGGACUUCGACAGUGAGAUGAAGGCAGCCAGCGAGAGCAGCGACAAGGAGAAGACGUACGAGCUGCCAGACGGCAACAUCAUCACCGUCGGCGCAGAGCGCUUCCGCUGCCCCGAGGUUCUUUUCCAGCCCAGCUUCGUGGGCAAGGAGGCCAGCGGUAUCCACGACACCACCUUCCAGUCCAUCAUGAAGUGCGAUGUGGACAUCCGUAAGGACCUUUACUCCAACGUCGUGCUGUCCGGUGGCACCACUAUGUUUCAGGGUAUUGGUGAGCGCAUGACCAAGGAGCUGACUGCUCUGGCACCCUCCACCAUGAAGAUCAAGGUGGUGGCCCCACCGGAGCGUAAGUACAGCGUGUGGAUUGGAGGCUCCAUCCUGUCCUCGUUGAGCACCUUCCAGCAGAUGUGGAUCUCCAAGGGCGAGUACGAUGAGAGCGGCCCGACCAUCGUGCACCGCAAGUGCUUCUAA